CGGAUGGGCAGCCCUCGAGACACAAACUCUACAAUUUGUCAAGAACGUGCUGCGGUCUUUGUUGUUAAUCAUAAUAAUCUCGUUGUGAAAUUCCAAAAUCUUAUUUGUAUAUAGUUAUCGCAAUAGAAAAUGUCACACUUCACGUGCCUAAAUUGCGAUGCUCGCUUUGCGAAUGCGAAGAUUCAACAGGAACACUACAAAACCGAUUGGCAUCGCUACAAUCUAAAGAGGCGCGUGGCGCAGUUGCCGUCGGUGUCGGCCGAGGAGUUCCAGCAGCGCGUGCUGAGCGCCCGUCGUGCCACAGAGGACGCCAUCGAGGAGCAACAGAUGAGCGUUUACUGUACGGCAUGUCGCAAGCAAUUUGGCAACCAAAAGGCACACGACAAUCAUCUCAACAGUAAGAAGCAUAAAGAAGCCCUCGCACGCUUCGAGCAGCUGCAGCAAACUGAAGAUGAAGCACAGACCCCACCAGCUAUAUGCGUCAAGAGCAUAAUUGAGCCACGCCCACAUCCAGCCAUGGUGGCAGCUGCCUCCGGCAAGGGACGUCUGGCAUUUGCCGAACGGGCAAUGCAAGCGGAUGCCGAUGAGGAGGUUGACGACGAUGAGUUUGAGGAUGUGGAGGAGGAAGUGGUUGAUUCGGAUGAAUGGGAGAAGAUUGCUGAAAAUCCGCUGACUGAACGUGAUUGUCUAUUUUGCGCACAUCAAAGCGAUGAUUUGGUGGAAAACCUAAAACACAUGUCCGUAGCACAUUCGUUCUUUAUUCCCGAUGCCGAAUACUGCGCAGACAUUGAGGGCCUCAUCUAUUAUCUGGGCGAGAAGGUGGCCAAUUAUUUCAUCUGCCUGUGGUGCAAUGAUCGCGGCAAGACAUUCUAUUCCCUGGACGCUGUGCGAAAGCAUAUGCUCGACAAGGGACACUGUCAAAUGCUGCACGAAGGCGUUGCCCUGGCCGAAUAUGCCGAAUACUACGACUAUAGUUCCAGUUAUCCAGAUAACAAAGAUGGCAUGGACAUUGACGAAGAGGUCGUGCCUGAGCUGCUCGAUGGUGAUGAGUAUCAGCUGGUGUUGCCCUCGGGCGCUGUGAUUGGCCAUCGCUCGCUGCUCCGUUACUAUAAACAACGUCUGCAUCCCGGACGCGCUCUCGUGCUCAAGAAAUCCGAUCGUAAGCUGCAUCGUGUGCUGAGCGAAUAUCGUGCUCUCGGCUGGACACAGACGCAACAACAGUUGGCGGCACGAAAGGCGCGCGAUAUUCAUUUAAUGAAGCGAGUGCAGAACAAAUGGCAAAUGCAGCUGGGCACCAAGGCCAACAAGUUGCAGAAACAUUAUCGCGCUCAGGUUCUCAUCUAAGCACCAAGAACAACAGCAACAACAAAUAAACAAACUUGUAAACA